AACUUAGGGAAAAUAUUAUUAUUCAAGUGAGAUAUCAGAGAAGAAGCAAGAGAGUUGCACUUAUGGCCCUUCUCUUGUCCUCCUUUUUUUUCUUUUGUUCUUGUUUUUUGUUUAAUGGUUCUUUAGCUCAGAUUAAAAUCCCUGCCAAGUUUGAUGGGUUUGCUUAUAAAGAUGUUGAUCUAAAGAUGGAGAAGAGUAUCAUGGUGGAAGCCUUCUUUGAUCCACUUUGUCCUGAUAGCAGAGAUGCUUGGCAUCCAUUGAAACAAGCCUUGGAUCAUUACUCUCAAGUUUAUCUCACAGUUCAUCCUUUCCCUCUUCCUUACCACAAUAAUGCAUUUGCUGCUUGCCAAUUACUCCAUAUUGCAAACAAGAUGAAUGCAUCCUCAACGUAUCCUUUGCUGGACUUGUUUUUCAAAUUUCAGGAUAACUACUACAAUGGCCCAACAUAUAACAUGUCAAAGUCCUCCAUCAUUAAUAAUAUGGCGAACCUUGCAGUAACAACAAUUGGGAAAGACAAACUCCCUGAAGUUCUUUCUGCUUUCAAGGAUGAUGAUAUUAAUACAGCAACAAGGAUUUCCUUUAAGUAUGGAUGCUCAAGAGGUGUGACUGGUACACCAUUCUUCUUUGUCAAUGGAUUUGCACUUCAAGAUUCUGGUGCAACCUUGAAUUACACAGAUUGGAGAAAUAUAAUUGAUCCACUUGUGGAGAAACAGUGAAAAUGUUUUUCAAAAUUUACAAAUGCUGCAUAUGAGCUUCCUUCCAUUGUGUUAACAAUGGCUUGGUAUAGAUGUUGGAUAAUAUAUUACAUCUAAAUAAUGUAUCAAAGAUGCUUAUCAUGGACAUUUUAUCAGAUAGGGAUAUAUAUCUGUUGUGCUUCCUUUCUUUAA